CCGUCCCAACAUCCAGAUCUAAAUCCAAUAGAGCAUGUUUGGCAUCAGAUCAAGUUGAACUUGUCACUGUACGAGACACGGGCAAAGAACGUGUCAGAACUAUGGGAACGAGUUAAUAUCGAAUGGGAUAAGCUUGAUGCCGAUACUUGUAGAAGGUAUAUUGAUAGCAUGCCAGGAAGAAUAGAAGCUAUAAUAGAG